GCGGACACACAAAGCACUUUCCAACCGAGCCCGGUAGCACCAAACCCUCCUGAGGUCGUGUAGAAGUUCAAAUCUCUCCGAAAAAAAAAACACUAAAGCAACAACUUUUCCUAUUUUCACCACAAGACGAACCAGUUUCUGCAGAGGAUACCUCCGAGGAAACCACGACGCGAUUAUGGGAGAAAUGUUGUAAAACUUUUACUUUUUUUUUUUUUAACACCCGCGCUUUACCAGCACACUCCUGCCAGAGAGGAGGUAUCGUCCAGGUUCAGAGACUUUGGGCAGGGUGCUGUCCUGUGGGAUGGGUGACGCCCAAGAGCAGGACCAGUACGAGGAGCGCCUAAAAGAAGUUUUUAACAGUUUUGACGCCAGUGGCUCGGGCUCCCUGUGCCCAGAGGAGCUGUCUGACCUCUGCCAGUCUCUGCACCUGGACGAUGCCACGCCGGCCCUCCUCCAAGCCCUGCUGCAGAACCAGGACCGCCUCACGGGCCGGGUUGACUUUGACCAGUUCAAGAAUGCACUGAUUCUGGUUUUGUCAUCAAACAUUGAGCCUCCUCAAGCAGAACAGGAGCCCUCACCUCGACCAGAGUCUCCUGAGGUGCAGCCAAAGUUUGUGAAGGGCAGUAAACGCUACGGCCGCCGCUCCACCCCAGAGUUCAUAGAGCCUAUUUCAGACUUCUCUGAGCUUGGCAACACAAACGCCGCGGAGGAGGAGCAUCCAGAAGAAGACAACGAUGACUCCGCUGUCCCGAGGAAGCGUGAGCGCUGGAAUGCCCACGAAACCACCACGGAGGAGUAUGAGGCAGAAGGCCAGAUGCACCUGUGGAACCCCGACGAGCCGAGCACCCCUCGAGGCUCCGUCGCUCCUCUGUCGGAGCGCCUGGAGGAGCGGCUGCGUGAAGCCUGUGAUGAGCUGGGGAUGCCGUGGGACGGAUGCGCCGGCCAUCGUGAGCUGCAGGAGCUCUGUGAACACCUGGGCCUGGAGGUAAAGGGGGAAAUGAUCCAGAUUCUCAGUGGUGAUGGAGGGAUGAACGUUCAGGAGUUUCUCUCCAGGGUUGUGAACCACAGCAAACCCCCCACACCCUCCGCUUCCACGCCUUACAGACAGCUGAAAAGACACCACUCCACUCAGCCCUUUGAUGAGGGAGGGCGUAGGAUAGCCACGCCCUCUGCCAUGACCAGCACCAUCGGCCUGCGCCUCUUCUCCACCCUCGACGAUGGGACGGGUUACACUCCGGUCGAAUAUAUCCUGGAUGCCUGGAUGGAUGAAGGCAUUGAGAACAGCUCUGAAAUCCUGCAGGCCUUGGAUUUCAGCUUAGAUGGAAAGCUGAAUCUCAGUGAGCUCACCAUCGCCCUAGAAAAUGAGCUGCUCGUUACCAAGAAUGGGAUUCACCAAGCAGCACUGGCGAGCUUCAAAGCUGAGAUCAGAUAUCUGCUUGAGCGUGUUGAUCGAGAGCUGAGGGAGAAAGAGAAAAUCCGCUCUGACCUGGAAAAAGCAGAGAAGCUGAAGAGUCAACUCGCCACCGAGGUGGACGAGCACCACUCCGCUAUCGAGCACAUGAAUGACCUCAACCUGAGGAAGCUUGAGCAGGACCACAAGGAGAAAGUAGCAGCUGUGAGGUCAGAGCUCAUGAAAGAGAUGGACCAGAUCCAGCAGCAGGCCGGCCUGCAGCGUGAGGAACUGGAGGCAGAGAUCGAGAAGAUCAGGGAGGAUGAAACUUUUCUUAGAGAUCACCUCUCCAUCUCUGUGAAGGAAAACAGACGUCUUGAAAUGGAGUUGCUGGACAGCACCGAGAAAUUCAUGGAGGCACAAAGCCAAAUCUCCAAACUCCAGACGAUCUUGGAUAACAUUCUGAAAGAAAAGUUUGGAGACUUGGACCCUGGCAGUGCAGAUUUCUUCCUCCAAGAAGAACGUAUAAAACAGAUACGCAACACCUACGAGGAGCAGUGCAGGGAACUGCAAGAUCGUAUUGAUGAGCUGCAGUCGGAGUUGCAGGAAUACCACAGUUUCGGUCGAGCUCAUCAGCCUUGCAGUAAGCCUCUGUCUGAGGAGCUGGAGAGUAAGAGCCCUGGCAUGGAGUCCGACCCAGGUAUAGGCUCAGAUGAAGUACAACCAUUCAGUAUGAGUCUAGAAGCAGAGAUGAUGCUGGAGCAGCUGAAGGAUCAGCACCUUCGGGAAAUGGAUGAUUUACGAAUUCAGCUAGAAAGCAAGAUCAAGGAAUUUGAUAAGGUGGUGGACUCACAGAGGGCAACCCACGAGGAACAGAAGGCUGCCUUAUCCCUUCGAUACCAGGAGGAGAUAGCCAGCAUUCAGAGCCGAACACAGGAGCUCCAGAGUCAGCUAGAGCAGGCGAAGCUGGAGCACGCUAGGCUGGAGCAGAGGCAGGCCGGGGAGAGGGAAGAGCUGGAGAACCAGCAAGAGGAAGAAGUGGGAACCCUCAGACAACAGCUGCUGGAGGCCCACACCCACGCUGCAGACCUGGAGGAUCAGCUGAGGAGCCUUGAAGCUCAGCAGGCUGAGUCCGAAGUGAACCUGGACGCUGAGAUAGAUGAGCUGAAGAAAGAGCAUGCGUUGGAGAUAACGAAACUAGAAGAGAAGCACAAAGAGCUGCUCCAAGCCAGGCUGGAAGAGGAGAGAAUUAAACUGGAGGAAGAGAGGGCUGAGGUAGAGAAGAAAUUGAUCGAGGAUUGGGGGAGGGAGAGGGAACAAUUGCAGCAAAGCCAUGAGGAUAACUUGAGGGCCAGACUAGAGGAGGCAAGUGUGACGUUUGAAGACGAACGUGAUGAGCUAGUGAAGAGACUAACAGAGGAGUGGCAGAAAGAGAGGGCUCAGCUUGAUGAGCAGAGUAAUGAGUCCCUGCAGUUGGUGCUGGAGGAAGAGAUGUUGAGUCUGGUCAAAGAACAGGAAGAGAAGGAGAAAAAGCUCAGGGAAGAGUGGGAGACGGAGCGAGCUCAGCUUCAGGAGAGCCAGGAGGAAGCCCUGCUCACCAGAGUAGCUGAGGAAAGGUUGCAGUUACACGAGCAGCACGAGCUGAGGGUGAAGAGGCUGAAGGAGGAGUGGGAGAGGGAAAAAUUGCAACUUGAGGAAGACUAUGAAGGGAUGCUUCAGGAUAGACUGAAUGAAGAGAGGGAGAAGUUAGAAGCUGAGAAAGAGGAGGUGGAGAAGAGGCUGGAGAGGUUAAUGAAGGAGGAGAAGGCUCGUCUGGAGGACAACCAUAGAGAGGCCAUGCAAGAGUUGACUGCGAAGCACAGCAAGGAGAGGGAGACGCUCAGCACCAUGCUGGACAAAUUACGAGAUGACAUCAAUCAGGAGAGGAGGGAACUUGAGACCCACUUCUCCCAGAAAAUUAAGGAAGUGGAACAUCGUUUCUCAGGUGAUCAAGAAUCUGUUGCAGAGCAUUUUCACGCCGAUGUGCUGAAACUCGAACAACACUACCAGAGUGAGCUGAAAGCUCUGUCUGAAAGCCAUGCCGAGCAGAAACUCAAAUGGGAGGCAGAGAUGAAGGAGGCCGUUGAGGAGGCCAAGGAACAAAGGAGAAUGAUGCAGGAGGCCAUGGAGCAAGAAAGAGAGAGCCUCAGUCAGGAUUGGGCAAAAAAACAAGAUGAGCUAGAGAGCCGCCACAAGGAAGAGUCGGAAGCACUGGUGAAGAAGAAUCAGGAAUUGCAAAAGGAGCUAGACAACUUUGUUAGUUUAGCCCAGACCAAAGAGAUAGAGCUGAGUAGGCAGCUGAAUGAUCUCCACAACAGGCUGCAGGACAGUCUUCAGACCAAAGAUGAGCUUCUGGCCCAGUCUGAGAGGAAAGCUCUCGAGAUCGAGCUUCUGCUAAAUCAAGCUGUGGAUGAUUUUAAACAGGAGAGGGAAGAACUCCAAAGUUGCUUGUCAGAAAUCGAGGCUAAUCACAAAGAGGUGCUCGUCAUGUCUGAGAGGCAGAUCAAGGAGAGGAUUGAACUGUUAAGUGAGUGUGAUGAUUUAAAGAUGAAGAUCGAAGAGCUGGACAUGCUUCUCAAACAGGCAGCAGUAGAUUUUGAGCUCGAGAAGCAAGAGCUACAAGAAAAUAUAGAAACUCUCGAGCAAAAGUUAAAGGAUAAUGUCUCUUGCUUCGAGUCACAAGAGAAUGAGAAAGUAGAGCUUAAGGCAGAGAGAGACCUGCUUUGUGUCAGAGUUAAGGAGCUAGAGAGGAACCUCAGUCAAGUCUUAGCCUCUGCCAAUACAGCUGAGAUGAUGCUUGUUGAUGAUGAGGCAAUAGCUAUUCAAGACAACUACAACAUGGAUGCUGAAUCUGUCGUUCAUUUGGAGCAGUUCAUGGAGGUGGAGGCUAAUUGGUGUGAAAUCUGUCCUGAUAACAUUGACUCCAAAUCCUCCAACCAGGAAACGGUUUGUUUAUCACCUAACGUCAGUGUCCCUGUUGAAGCAUCAACAUCCCCAGUGGAACAAGAUGAUGAUGUAGAGAGAAUUAGCGAGAGCCCUGAUUCAGGAGAGGAAUGGCCUAAAAACACAGAUUGUGUCGAUGUAGAGCAUGAUAAUGAAGACCCUGCUGUGAAUGAUGAUGAAAACAUGCCAGCGGUGGAGAAUGAUGCCACUGAGAGCCAAAAACAAGAUGAUGAAACUGCAGCAGAAGAUCAGAUGGCAAAGAAUAAUGGCACAUUUUCAAAUGAGGAAGGUCCUUGUCUUCCUGAAUUGAUAUUCACUAAUGCCCAGGGCGCCGAAUUUCCUGUUCCAGACGAGGAUCAGUGUGGUGAUGCUGCAGAUGAUAAGCAUGUUGAGAACAAAAUGGAUGAUUUUCCCCCAGAGAGGCAGUGUCAAGGUAAUAAGGCUGUCUCAUCAUAUGAGGAUGCUGGUGAAGAUGCAGAGUACUGUGAGAAUAAUGUAAGUCUUGAGUCAUGUGAAGAGGACACAAAACCUCAAGAUGUCCUAGCUUUGGAACAUGAAAGCCCUUCCCAUGAAGAGGAGCGGUGUCAUGAGAUUGCGGUUGAUGCCUCGGCCCUGGAGGCGACAGGUGACCCUGAUGAACUGAACCUAGAGGAUGCUGAUGGUAAUUGUUUAUCAAAAGUCUCUCACAGUCAUGGACUGGAAGUUGAGCUAGUCUCUCCAGACUGUGAACACUUUGCCCCUGAUUCUCUGAAACCUCAAAUUAGCGAUUGUGAGGACCUAGACUGCUCUCUCCAACUCCAUGCCAAGUAUAAGAAUGCCACAGAGGAAAACAUUCUUUUACAUGAGAAAAUUUCUCUCCUAAAGCAGAAGACAGACACACUAGAGAAUCUUUUGGCUCACAAAAGUGAAAAGAUAGAACUGGGCCACCAGAUAUUAGAAGAAAACUAUAACCUCAAAGUCAAAAUGCUAUUUUUUAUGGAGCACGCCAAAGACCUGGAGAUGAAGACCCUAAAAAUGACUGAUCUUCAGAUUAGAUAUGACGAUUGUAUGAGUGAAAACACCAAGCUGAAGGACCAAAAUUGUGAACUUGUAAAGAGAGUUUGGGACCUUGAAAACAGGAUGCACAUUGUCCACGAUUUCCAGCAUGAACAGAUUACACUAGUAGAUGAGAUCGCCAGGAUGCGAAUGGAGAACGCCAAGCUGUCCGAGUUGGUCAGUGAACUGGAGGGGCAGGAUGAGAUUCUGUUGUCCAUGAACGCAGACGCUCGGUCGUCCUUCGAGACCCCGACUGAGGACACUUUUCAACAUCUGAACAGCCAGCUAGAGGCUAAGAUUCAGGCAGUGACUGACCUGGAGGAGUGCUGCGUGGACUUCGAAAGGCAGAACAUGAAACUUCGCAGAGCCAUCACAGACCUGCAAGACAAAUCCCUGACAUUAACCGAAAGGAUGCAGAUCCAUAGGUUAGAGGCCAGUCGUCUUGCUGAAGAAAAUGUCAUCCUCAGGAAUAAGAUUGCUGCCUUGAAGGAAGAGGACUUAGAGCAGGCCCAUGAAGAUUUGCUACAAAAGUUGGAGCACUUAAGCAAAGAGAAGAUCACAGCUCAAAAGAUGGCAGAGAAUUUCAAGGAACAGAUUUCAGAGCUGCAUUUGCGGAGCCAGCAACUGGAGGAUGAAAACGGGCUGCUGAUGGAGAAACAGGCCCAGAAUGCUGCCGAUGUGCAGGAGCUAAGCCAACAGCUGGUCACACUGACAAAGGAGAAUGAGAGGACGGAGACGAUGUCUGCCGAAGAAAGAACCCAGAUGGCAGCUUGUGUUUCUGCCAUGGAGGCAGAGUUGACCAAAGCUCUGGAGGGCACUGCACAGCUGGAGGAGAGAAAUGCCCAGCUGGCACAGCAGCUCUCUGACCUCAGAGAGAAGGUGGUCAUGGUGGACACAAUGGAGACUCAGCUCACCAAAGCUCAGGAGAGGGUCAAGGCAGUGGAUGAAACUCUUCAGGCUGUCAACCUUCAGAGUGCUCGCCUCAAGUCAGACCUGCGUGUGUCACACCAAGACAGGGAUGCCCUCAAACAUGAAGUCAUGUCUCUACAGAAACAGCUGCAGAACUCCAAUGAAAAAAACCAUGUUUUGGAGAUGGCCUUGCACUCAGGUGGUUUAAAGAGCCAGAACAAGAAGCUGUACAGGGACGAGAUGUCUCGGCUGCUGGAUCAGGAGCAGCAGCUACUGAGGCAGGAAAACGAGAGGCUUCAGACGGAGGUGGACAACACCAAAGGAGACCUCGUGUACUCCAGAGAAAGGAUCCGGCAGCUUGAGGCUACCAUCCUGGCCCAGAAGCAGAACAAGCAGCAGGGUCAAUCCUGCCAGGUGAAGGCCCUGGAACAGGAGAAUGCCGCUCUGAAACAGGAGCUAGAGGCAAAAAAUGAGCUGACCAGGGACUGUGAGGCCGGAAAAGGACACACUGAGCUGGAGAGUCUGAAGCAAGAAAAUGAGGCGCUGAAGGCCCAACUGGCCAGACUGUCUUCACAGCUCAUAGAGACAUUUCAGGCUCAGCUGGUUGGACUUCUGCCACCGUCACCGCACAGAAUACCCCGAGGCCAGCAUCGUGCCGAUGAGCCGGACAACAUGCAGGGGGCGAUGCCGGAGCAGCGGACGGCUCACGCAGACAGCUGCCGGCGGAUCGGCGGGCUGUAACACGAACAUCCUCCCCCUGCUCUUCACUUUAACCCCUUUUCCCUCGAGGCUGCUCCCCUGCAGCUCUGCCCUGCCCUUCUUAUUCUUGAACACUGGGUGCAAAAACGCUGUAUACGGCACCCUUUCUUGCAUCCUCAUAGGAGAUUGUGACCGUGGUCAGAUGCGACCGAGAUCAUUAAGUCUCGCCUGUUUCAAAAGGCAUGGACGUGUAGUUGUGUCUCACUUCUGCUAGGUGGCAGGAAAACACAGAGAAGUCGACUGUUGUUGUUGCUUUCCCAAUGGGAUUUUUAAUAAAGAGGUAACAUUUUCCUUAUCAUCAGAAAAUCAAAGUUUCUCAGAGAUAACCAUGUUUCAAACUUAAACAUCCACAUACACUGACGGUACUGUGAUUUUUUUUUUUUUUUUUUCUCCCAGAAAUAAUCCAGCUCUCUUGUGCUCCGUGCACUGAAAGCGUUUUGUAGUUUAAAUAUGUCUCUUGGUUAUUACAGGGAAUGGUUUUUAUCAGAGUGUGUGUCUGGCAAUGAUCUGUUGUGCACUUGUACCAAUUAUCAGAUGUGUGAGAACAGGGUAUAUAUGUCCUCAGAGGCUAAAUCUAUUGACAGUUUGCCUUAUGAUGAUGGAGAGGCGUUGAGUUGGGGUGAGGUCAGUGCCUGAUAGCCUUCUGAGCCUUUUCUAACAAUCGCCAAAUCCAAUGAUGUUACCCAGAAAAUGGUUGUGGAAGUGCUGGUUUGUUAAAGAAGGGAAUAAUUAGACAGUGUUAAAUGAUCUCCCCCUUUUUCUUUUUUUUUUCUUUUUUUUGACCAGGUUUCCAUUUGAUUACACUGAAUUUGACACCAGUUUUAAAAUCUCAAGCCCAUCAGAGAAAAGUUUUGUAGGUUAUGUUCUGGGAGUGUGUUUUGCUGUUAUUUGUGUUGCUGUUGCACUACCAAAGUGAAUCACAUGUUGUCAAGUUUCUUUUUUUUCUUUUUUCUUUUUUUCUCAAUGAGCAGGGUUUGGUCAAACACACUUUUAGACCACUUAACAUUUAGUGUUUGUUAUAUUUAUUAGAGAAUUUCUGAUCCAUGUGGCAUGUUAAAGAUCAAAUCAGUGUUUGUUUCCACUAGUGUGUCAGUGUCUUACCAUUUUCUGUGUUUUAGUGUUUGAGCCACUUAGGGGUUUUAUUUUAUUUUUUUGCACUAUGUGUUAAAUUAGUUUGUUGUAUUUGGUUAUGUUUUUUCUGUUAUUUAUUUUAAUAGACUCAUGUUAUUUAAUUUAUUUAUCAAUUUGAUUUUAUUUAUCCAUUAAGAUUUUUUGUAGCGGUAUCUGAAUCACAUAGCACUAUUUUAUACAUAUUUAUUUUUUAUUAAUUAAUUUAUUUUAUUUUUUUUAGUACAGUGUCCUUGCUUCAGAAAUGUACCAGAAAGCAUCUUAUGCUUGAAUCAAGGUCAAAUAAAGAAUCUAGUUCACAA